AUGUCGGGAAGAAGAUCACGUUCGAGGCAAUCAUCAGGAACUUCAAGGAUCUCAGAAGAACAGAUCAACGAUCUCAUUAUCAAGUUGCAGCAGCUUCUUCCUGAGCUCAGGGACAAUCGUCGCUCCGACAAGGUUUCAGCAGCGAGAGUGUUACAAGAGACGUGCAACUACAUAAGGAAUCUGCAUAGAGAGGUUGAUGAUCUUAGUGAGAGGCUAUCUGAGCUACUCGCAAAUACAGACACUGCUCAAGCUGCUUUAAUCAGAAGUUUACUUACCCAAUAAUUCAUAUCUUCUUCUUCUUUUCUACUAUAAUAAUAAUAUAUAGUAUGCGGAUUUGGUUUUUCUAAUAGAUGAUAUGACCUUAUAUGUUUAAUGUUUUGAGUUCGUCACUUCUGCUUCGGUCAUAAAUACUCGCUUGUUUCCUAUAUAAAACCUUGCCCC